UGGGGUAUAAAGGAGUCUUCUCGGCCAACUCGACAUGUCCUCUGAGCGGUCAGGUCCCCAGAGCCCGUCUGUGACCAUGGAGGCCAGAACAUUCUGGCUACUGGUGGUGGUGGUCCUGGCCUUGGGGUCCUCCAGCUCGACCGGGCAGUACGUGGGCCUGUCGGCGAACCAGUGUGCGGUGCCGGCCAAGGACAGGGUGGACUGCGGCUACCCCGAGGUCACCCCCGAGCAGUGCAACAACCGCGGCUGCUGUUUCGACUCCAGCAUCCCCGGGGUGCCCUGGUGCUUCAAGCCCCUGCAGGAAGCAGAAUGCACCUUCUGAAGCCACGUGGCUGCCCAGCACCCAGGGAGGGGACUUCCGCACUUGGGUACUCUGCCCGCCCACCCAGUACUCAUCCCUCUGCUUCUCACACUGCUCCUGGCCAGACCUGAACCUAACGCCUGGGGCCUGAUAUCUUAAAGAAUAAAGCUCCCGUGCUCAGCAUGAGGACAGGUCUUCAUUCCUAA